AUGAGAGAAAUCGUCCACGUUCAAGCAGGACAGUGCGGAAACCAAAUCGGUUCCAAGUUCUGGGAAGUCAUAUCCGAUGAGCACGGAAUACAACCCGAUGGAACAUUCAAAGGAGAGAGUGAUUUGCAGCUCGAAAGAAUUGACGUUUAUUACAACGAGGCCAAUAAUGGAAAAUAUGUCCCUCGUGCUGUUCUUGUUGACCUCGAGCCGGGAACAAUGGACUCUGUCCGUGCUGGACCAUUCGGACAGCUUUUCCGCCCUGAUAACUUUGUUUUCGGACAAAGCGGGGCUGGAAACAACUGGGCUAAAGGACACUAUACAGAAGGAGCUGAACUUGUAGACAACGUUCUCGACGUGAUCCGCAAGGAAGCCGAAGGUUGCGACUGUCUUCAAGGUUUCCAACUCACCCACUCUCUUGGAGGAGGAACUGGAUCUGGAAUGGGAACUCUUCUCAUCUCAAAAAUUCGCGAGGAGUAUCCAGACAGAAUCAUGAGUUCAUUUUCUGUAGUACCAUCUCCAAAGGUUUCCGAUACUGUAGUUGAACCAUACAAUGCCACCCUCUCCGUCCAUCAGCUCGUAGAGAAUACUGACGAGACUUACUGUAUCGAUAACGAAGCCCUUUACGACAUCUGCUACAGAACUCUCAAACUCACAAACCCAACAUACGGAGACUUGAACCAUCUCGUCUCUCUCACAAUGUCUGGAGUUACAACCUGCCUCCGCUUCCCAGGACAGCUAAAUGCUGAUCUCCGCAAGUUGGCUGUCAAUAUGGUUCCAUUCCCACGUCUCCAUUUCUUCAUGCCAGGCUUUGCUCCAUUGUCCGCAAAGGGUACUCAAGCGUACCGUGCACUUACUGUCGCUGAGCUCACCCAACAAAUGUUCGAUGCCAAAAAUAUGAUGGCUGCUUGCGAUCCAAGACAUGGUAGAUACCUAACUGUUGCCGCAAUGUUCCGUGGACGCAUGUCUAUGAGAGAGGUCGAUGAACAGAUGCUCAACGUUCAAAAUAAGAACUCUUCAUACUUCGUUGAAUGGAUUCCAAACAAUGUGAAGACUGCCGUGUGCGACAUUCCACCUCGCGGACUGAAAAUGGCUGCCACGUUUGUUGGUAACUCGACAGCUAUUCAAGAGUUGUUCAAGCGCAUCUCGGAGCAGUUCACUGCUAUGUUCCGCCGAAAAGCCUUCCUUCAUUGGUACACCGGUGAGGGAAUGGACGAGAUGGAGUUCACUGAAGCUGAGAGUAAUAUGAAUGAUUUGAUCUCCGAGUAUCAACAGUACCAAGAGGCAACAGCCGAGGACGAGCCUCUCGACGAGUACGCCGGAGAAGGAGAGACGUACGAGUCUGAACAAUAA